CAUGAAGUGACGCGCGAGGAAGUUCGCGGUCUCGCGAGACUUUUUUUCGUGGAGGCGGCCAUCUUAGCGCUUCUGCCGGGGGUCACUGGGACGGAGGAGAGGGCAGUCCGUGCAGCUGGAGACGCGAUGCUGUCCCGUUUGGCCCUCCGCAGCCUCGCCCCGGCCGGCCUGAAGAGCUUGGCGCCCUCCUUAUCCGCGGGAGUUCUACAGGUAUCGAGACCACUUCACACAAGCCAGCCACACUUGGCUCCUGUGCCUCCUCUUCCAGAAACAGGAGGAAAAGUCCGUCAUGGAAUAGUCCCUGAAGAAUUUUUCCAGUUCCUAUAUCCUAAAACAGGAGUCACGGGUCCCUAUAUGUUUGGAACUGGGCUUCUGCUCUAUCUCCUCUCUAAGGAGAUUUACAUAAUUAACCAUGAAACAAUAGCUGGUAUUUGUAUUGUGGGAAUUAUCAUUUAUGUGGUUAAGAAGUAUGGUGCUGAUGUUGCAGCGUUUGCUGACAAACUCAAUGAGGAAAAAAUUGCUUUGGCAACUGCUGUGAAGAAUGAUUCGAUUGCCAGCCUUCAGAAGGCAAUUGAAGAUGAAAAGAAAGAACAGUGGAGGAUUGAAGGUCGUCACUAUCUCUUUGAUGCCAAGCGGAACAAUGUUGCUAUGUUGUUGGAAACUAACUACAGAGAGAGGCUGAUGACUGUAUACAAUGAUGUGAAGAAGCGGCUGGACUAUCAAGUGGCGUUGCAGCAUCUCAAGAGGCGAAUGGAACAAGAUCAUAUGAUCAACUGGGUGGAGCAAAAUGUUAGACAGAGUAUCACACCUCAGCAGGAGAAGGAGAGCAUUGCCAAGUGCAUUUUGGACCUGAAGAUGCUAUCAAAGUCUACCAGAGCAGCUGUCUAAAUGCAACACUUACUUACGACCUCUUAAAUCAUAUAUUUGUUCUUCUUAAUUAAAACAUCAGUACCCUU